AUGGGUGCCUUGCUUUCCAUCCCGCUCAUGGCGCUGCCCAGCGCCGGCACUCUCCUGUCCUUUGCUGCCAGCUGCUGCGGGGCGGCCACCUGCUCCAUGGUGUGUAGUGCAUGUGGCAAGUGCGGAAACAGUGUGGCUACUCGUAUCGCAUAUGCCCUCAUCCUGCUCGUCAACUCGAUACUGUCUUGGAUCAUGCUCACCCCAUGGGCUAUCACGAAACUACAGUCCCUCAUGCUCGACUACGUCAAGAUCGAAUGCCCUACCGGACAAUGUUAUGGCUGGCUGGCAGUACACCGUAUAAAUUUCGCCUUGGGCCUGUUCCACCUCAUCUUUGCCGGGCUGUUGGUCGGUGUGACCUCAUCCAAGAAUCCUCGCGCUGCCCUGCAGAAUGGCUUCUGGGGUCCCAAGGUCAUCGCCUGGCUGGCGUUCAUCGUCCUAUCAUUUCUCAUCCCGGAUGCCUUCUUCCUGUUCUGGGGCAAUUACAUCGCUCUGUUUGCCGCGAUGCUGUUCCUCAUCCUCGGCCUGAUCCUGCUGGUCGACCUGGCACAUACGUGGGCCGAGUACUGCCUGAGACAGAUUGAGGAGUCAGAUUCUGGUCCCUGGCGCUUCGUCCUGAUCGGCUAUACCCUGGGCAUGUACGUGGGGUCUCUCGCUAUGACCAUCAUCCAGUACAUCUUCUUCGCCAGCAGCGGGUGCUCGAUGAACCAGGCCGUCAUCACCAUCAACCUCCUGCUGUGGCUGGCCAUCUCUGUCAUCUCCGUCCACCCAGCCGUUCAGGAUGUCAACCCCAAGGCCGGUCUCGCCCAGUCAGCUAUGGUCGCCAUCUACUGUUCCUAUCUGACAAUGUCAGCGGUUUCCAUGGAGCCCGACGGCAAUGGAAACAAGCACUUGGUUCUCGGUGCCAUCGUCACGAUGCUCACAGUUGCUUACACGACGACAAGAGCUGCCACGCAAAGUCUCGGCCUGGGCAACAACCGCGGGGGGAUUCGCCUCCCUGAUGAGGAUGAACAUGAUCUCGUGACAACGCAGCCUAGCGCACGCAGGGAAAUGCGUGCCGAGGCGUUGCGGAGGGCAGUGGAGGAAGGCAGUCUGCCGGCCGACGCACUCCUGUCAGAUGAUGAAGAUGACGAGUCGAGCGGCGGCAACACGGCACAUGACGACGAGCGCGGCAGCACGCAGUACAACUAUGCCGUGUUUCACAUCAUCUUCUUCCUUGCGACGGCAUGGGUGGCUACCCUGAUCACGCAGGGCUACGAUUCAGAGAACCAGGAUGGUGACUUCGCCACGGUCGGCCGCACCUUGUGGGCCAGUUGGGUCAAGAUCAUCAGCUCUUGGAUCUGCUACGGCUUGUACGCCUGGACCCUGGUCGCUCCCAUCGUCCUUCCUGAUCGAUUUGAAAUAUGAGAAAUGGACAAAAAAGAAAGGGGGGGAGGGUCCGAUAAGAGGGUGCAUCCUUGACUGCACUCAAUGUACGUUUUGUAUUUGUUUACACGAGAUUGGUUCUGCUGGUAGUCUCAGAAACCAAAGGGAGGUCAAAUUGGUCAAAGCAUAUUCUGUACUACCAUCAUCAUCACAAUACAUAAUAUUGGCAUCAU